UUCAAGUCCAGGUGCUGAGGAGAGGGAAAGAGCGAGAGGGGUGGUGUGGUUUAUGCAGGUAAACACUAGUAAUCUCGACCACAGAGAGGCAAGUGCGAAGUUUAGCCCACACCCAGCACGCUUGCGGACACCGUACCGAUCCACAUGUGUUGAUGUAUCUUCCGUUUCAGCAACCCGCGAGUGGGAAGCAGCCAAUGCCAAUGCGCUCUCGACUGUGGACCGUGCUCGCAGGUCAGAGGAUGCGUAAAAAUGCUUUGUAACUGGAAUAGCAGGUGCUGGAAGAAGGGCGUCCGACUGUCAACACGUCUAAACUGUGCGCAUAGCGCCGAGCGCUGAUGUUCAAACCAUGGAGAAACAAGCUCUUGCAACGGCUCUGAGCUUGUCCAUGAGCGUUGUCUCUUUACUAUUGCUGGUCACCGCUAUCUUCACCGACCAUUGGUACGAGACAGACACCAGAAGGCAUAAGGAGAACUGCGACGAGUAUGGGUCGGAUUCUAACGACCAGAAAAACAGGGAGAUGCCAAUAUACCACUUGCCUCUUGUGGACAGCGGUAACUCCAAACGGAACGUGGCGCUUAUGAAGCCGAUUCACGUCGGGAGUAGAGAGGAGGAAUUGCUUGAGAACUGGAGGGCGAUACUGGGGAUGGGGAUUCUUGAGACGGAAUGUGGGCGUCCGUUGUUCUCCACAUAUUCUGGACUGUGGAGAAAAUGCUACUUUCAAGGCAUGGACCGAGAUAUCGAUAAACUCAUAUCAAAGGGUAUUGCGGACCGAUGCACAACUGUCAAGUACCAUUUCUCUCAGCCCAUUCGGCUUCGAAACAUCCCGCUCAACCUGACGAGAACCAUUCAGCAAGAUGAAUGGCAUCUCUUACAUCUGCGGCGAAUCACGGCGGGGUUCUUGGGGAUGGCGGCUGCCGUUUUGCUGUGUGGCAGCAUUGUGGCCACAGUGGGCUUCUUUUGGGAGGAGAGCCUCACCCAGCACAUCUCCGGCCUGCUCUUCCUCAUGGCAGGGAUCUUCUGCACCAUCUCCUUGUGCACCUACGCCGCCAGCGUCUCCUAUGACCUCUCCCGGAACCCACCCUUCAUCUACGGACUGCCCGGCGACGUGGACCAUGGCUACGGCUGGUCCAUCUUCUGCGCCUGGGUCAGCCUGGGACUGACCGUGGCAUCAGGCUGCCUCAGCACCACCUACCCCUUCCUCAGCCAAACCAAGGCCCUGCACUCCAAAACCGCACGGGAGUCCUCAGUAUGAGCAGUGUGAGAGAAUUGAGUGCCCCCUGUAGAAUCGGGGGGGGGGGGGGGCUGAAUUGUUGGUGUGGACAUUUUGUUGCUGACUGAAAACCAAUAUAAGAGGAGCUGCUUUAUUUUUAUGAAACCAGAGAUGACAACAUAGUGUUUCAGUGAGAUGUGGGAAUCUUGUUGCUCUUUUGUGGACUCUCGUCAUCCUUUAUCGAGGUGUUAUGCAAGGUGCAGGUGUUAUGAUGUGUUAUUUAUGUGUGUUUGUAUGUGCACACAGGCAAACCCACACAUACAUAUGGACCUACACACCCGUACACAAGUACACACACAAAUUUCUCUCUCAACCAAAGUUCUCUCUCACUCGCUGUCUCUCUCUCUCUCUCUCUCUCUCUCUCUCUCUCUCUCUCUCUCUCUCUCUCUCUCUCUCUCUCUCUCUCUCUCUCUCUCUCUCUCUCUCUCCAAGACAUGGAGAACAACAUGAGAGUGAAUAACAUGAAACAACUUAAAUACCCACAUAGGCAUACCACACACACAUAAAAAUUGUAUAUUUUCAAAACUCUUAAGUACAAAACUCUAAACUGAUAACAUGUGUAAUGCCCCCUAUCUUAUGUUCAGAACUUUUGACUGUGCAUUCAUCGGGGUUUCACACAUCUUUCACCCCUGAGUCAUUAAUGCAAAAUCAAAGUUUUCCUCAAAUGCCACAAGCACAUUUUUUUUGUCACCAAUACAUCAGAUAAUGAUAGGCUCACCAUAUAGUCAUUUGAACUACCACUUUCAAUUGUUGUUUUAUUCAAUCACUUUGGCACAAUUUUCAUUAGUAUGUGGUAAAUUUUCGCAACAAGCACAAAAAUCAAAACAGAUCAUCACAAUCGCUCAUGUUUCAAAACUUUAAGCACAUUUUUAAUUGACUGAGUACAACAAACAAAUUCACAAUGUCACUUGUUCACUGCACCAAAUCACCUUUUCAAUUUAGAUAAAUAUUCAAUAUAUAUAUAUAUAUAUAUAUAUGCUUUUCAAAAUGCAAUAUUCACUUUACUUUUCAUAUUAGUUUCUUGUUAUUUGUUAACAAUACUAUAAACUAUCACUUAAUCAAACUGCUCAAAAUGACUGAACCACAAUUAUGUACUGCCUAGUUAACAUUUAUAGUUUGAUAACUGCUGAACACUGUAAAUGUCUACAUUUUUACCUAAAUGUAUCACUUUGACAUCAAUUUAUGCUGGAAGUUUUGAAACAUGAGCCAUUUUCAUUAUCUGUUUAGAUUUUUGUGUUUGGAGUUGUGUAACACAGCCUAUGAGAUCCGAUGGAUUCGAUUGGUAAUUUCAGUUGUGGCAAUCAAAUUGUACAAAGUUUUUAGCAAACCCAUUAACCAGUCCAUUCCCAAACAGAUGAGGCAUAAUCACUAAAAAUUUGCUAGACUGUGAGAAGAAUGCUGACAAUGAUAGACAAAGGACUACAGCGUUUGUUGUUUACAUAGUUGAGGAAAGUAAUUUUUCUCGCUCAACACAAAUGGUGCACAAUUCUACAUUGAAAUGUGAAAACAGUGGAAACUGGAUGAGAUAAUGUUGACACCGCUUGAAUGGAUGUAAGACUUUUGUGUUGAACCAUUAUCACAGAUAUUUUGAGCAGCCAACGGUGAGCGGUGGGCUCUGAAAAUUAGUUGCUGCCCCAUGGAAUGGCCAGCUUUCGCAACAACUCUAUCUGACCUGGAAGACUUGUAGGGACCUUGAAUGGCUUGUGGGGACAUUAAAUGACAUCUGUUGACCUUGCAGGUUAUGUAUGUUCAACUCAGCAUGCUGUUUCAGAAGCAGAGCAGCAUUUCUGAAACAGUACAAUGAGCUUCAAGUCUUCUCUAUGAAUUGUAAAUAAAAGAUU